UCCCCAAACCUCUAUAAAUAAGUCCUCAAUGGUACCUUACACAGGCUUCAAGAAGAGUUCACUUCUCCUUCUUUAUUAGAAUCCCUUUUGGUAUCAAUUACUGGACCCAAAAGAAAAAGAUUUUUAAGCAUGGAACUCGCCGUGAAACCCACCAGCACCAUCAAGUUUCUUUGCAGCUACGGCGGCAGGAUUCUCCCCCGUUACCCGGAUGGAAAACUUCGUUACCACGGUGGCGAAACCCGUGUUCUUUCCGUCGAACGAUCCAUUUCUCAUGCUGAGCUGGUGAUGAAGCUGGGAGAGAUGUGUGGAAGAUCAGCAGUGAAUCUGAGAUGUCAAUUACCAACAGAAGAUUUAGAUGCUCUUGUAUCAAUCACUUCCGAUGAGGAUCUUGCUAAUCUUAUAGAAGAAUACGACAGGGUUGCGCCGCCGCCCAUGGCGAUCAAGAUUAGAGCUUUCUUGUCAGCUCCUAAAACCGCCAAAAAAAAUUCACCACCACCCUCUACUACAUCGCCUAAAUCGUCUUAUUCCGCCGCCGCUGCUGUCAUGCUACCACCAAGAUGCCCAAAAUCAACUGGCGAAGGAGGCGGGGGCCGUUUCUUCUGUCACGUCCGCCGGCCGAAGUUGUACGUGUACCCACAACCAGCCGGAGAAAUUCCACAGUAUGCCUACAGGCACAGAAAUUCUUGUAAUGUUCAUCUCAUUCACAGUGGAAGCCAAUGGUACAUAAAGAAGAAUUCAAGAUUUCUUUUUAUUUCAAGAAUUGAAACCAUCUGAAGAGGUCUAGGAGGAAAUUGAUGCUGGUAACUGAUUCUUUUAGGGAAAUAUUUUUAACACCAUAGGCUAUAGCAAUAUCUUGACAUUUAAGGCAAAACAUUUCAGUACGCCCAGCUCUCGAUCCAGAUGAAGAUAUGGAGUACAAAGCCGGGAAAAUGGCCGUUAAGGUGCAAUUGGACUUGAAAAUCAUAUAUCUGAUCGAUUUUUCAAAGCUAAAAUGGUUCACUGGUAUCAAAGAAAAAAAAAGACCCAAGUUUCAACAUGUCUAUUUACGAAAAAUAGCUCGCAAAAAGAAUUCAGACUAGUUUUUAGCUUAAUGUAUGAUUGUUUUCCGAGACUAUACUAAUUUGUUCGAGGCUCGUGAUGUAGGGUAUUGUCACCGCUUUACUUAAAAGUUAUAUUUCAUGGCGCAAAAAAAUUCACCCUAUGUCGUCCAAUAUCAAGUUCGGAAAUCUUACCAAGUCUAGUCCCUUAGCCUCAUCCUAUUUCAAGCAUGCUCUUACAUUAAAGCCGUGCAAAUUUAAUAAUUUAAUUUUACGUAGGGUGAAAAAUCGACUAAUAUUGAGUAUUCAAGAAUGCUUGAAUCUUGAUCGUUCAUCUUCUACAAAAUUUUUAAUACCAUUUGAGAUAGGUCUUGACCUAGUCGAAUCAAGAUCUCAAAGCAAUGAGAUACAAAUAUUUCAAGUCUGCAUUCGAUUUCCUCUUCCCUCUACAUUAACUAAAGUUCGUUCAUUAAUGUUAUAAGAAUCAGAUAGGAUUAACAAAUGUUCAACCCUGAUUCGAUCCUAAGGCAAUGAUAUUUGCAUCUCUGAUUUCUAGGUUAACUGAUUGGCUGUUUGAUAUAUGACCAGGUGCCAUUAAUUAUCAAUGGAGGGCUGCCUAACCAUUAUAUAAUUCUGAAAAACCAUUACAAUUUUUAAUAGAAUUUCAUGGAAGAGUUUUGUUAGAGGCCCAGGAUUUUCGAGGGGGACACAUGUGGUCCGGGACAAGAGGAAUUGUCCUUCAUGGAAUUAUUGGACGUGGCAAGUACAGGACAUCAAUGCAUCGAAAUUUUUUACUUUAUUUCCUAAUAAAGUAGUUUUCUUGUGCCAUAUGGGACACGACAGCUGGUACAUUAAUGCAUGAACCAACAAAUUAUUUGGACAUAUAAAAAUAAAUAAAGUUCCCUAAUUAUGAAGAAAAGGGGAAAAAAAAUUGAAAGAAAUGGCACCCUUUUUGCCUUGGGAUGAGGUUCAAAGAUAAGAGCCUUGAUUUGAGGCACCAAGAACGGGUAAUAUGACAUAAAAAGAAGAAAAGUAAUGCUAUUCGUUAUUCGUAAUCAUUAGAGUAGUUUUUCUAAAUGGUAUACACAUAGUAAGUGAUUAUUUGAUGCA